GAGAAUGCGCAACGCCAUCGCGCAGUUUCACAAAAAUGGCAGCCCUUGUCUCCUCGGAGAAAGCUGGUCUCAGCUUUAAAUUCACCAAAACAGUCGAAAGUAAGAAAUUAUUGGAGAAUGACAAAACCACAGGAAAUCCCGAGGAGACUGCAGAGAAAGACUACGUCCUUUCUGUGGAUGGGAGCGUCGUUAAAAGCACACUUCCCAAAGCCGAAAAGAAGCAGCUGGUUAUUCCCCUGAUCAAGAACAACAUAUGGAGAGUUCCGAAGGCACAAAAACAAGAGGAAAAGAAUUCGACCGAGUCACCAAAGCUGCCCGAAAACGCGGCGGAUCUCACCUUGGAGCAACAGGCGAUCAAGGAAAUCAUAGCAGACUCGACCGGCCAGACAACACAGAGUUCUGCCACCGGAGACGGCGAGGAGUUGAACAUCCCACUGCUGGUCCAGAACAAAGUUCCCGAGGGGUUCGAGACGGACGAGAAGGUGGACGUGUCCCUGCGCGCCGAGGAGCCCAGCCAGGAGGACUACGAGAGCGUGCCCAUCGAGGAGUACGGCCUGGCCAUGCUCAGGGGCAUGGGCUGGCACCCUGGGAAGCCGAUUGGUGCCCGGUGUACGGAGGUGGCUAAGCCCAUCGAGGCAGUGCUGAGACCCAGGGGUCUGGGACUUGGAGCAGAGAGCAAGCUGAGCAAGCCUCCCCCCCUGGUGGCCAAGGAGGAAGGAGACCUGGUCCUCCGGAGAGGUGCCUACGUUCGGAUUGAGCAGGGCCAGUACAAGGGCAUGUAUGGACAGGUUGAAGGACUGGAUGACGACAACGGCCGUGUCAUCGUGAAGCUCGCUCUCGGCGGAAGUGCGGCCACGGUCAACGAAUCAUUCAUCACAUUAGUCAGCAAAAAGGAGUAUGCAAGGGAUGGCAAGUUGCUGAACAAAAGCAAGUAUGACGAAUACAAGCGCAAGCACGAGCCACAAGAGGAAGAGGUUCAGGAGAGGAGCGACAGAGACUCUUCCAGAAAGAAACAGAAGCUUGUCGAAAACGGCCGAGAGUCAUCAAGAUCGAGCAAAGACUCAAGCAAGAGACGAGAACGAUCCAGGUCGCCCAAGCCGAAAGAACAGUUCUGGUUACGACCACAAAUUAGGGUGCGGUUUGUAGACAAGCGGUAUCAAAACGGAAGAUACUACAACACAAAGAUGACCAUCGAGGAUGUGACCUCAAAAACAACCUGCAUGUGCAACACGGAAGACGGAAAGAUUCUCGAAGACAUCAAGGCGUCGAUGCUGGAGACAGUUAUCCCGAGAAAAACACCGAGCUAUGUUCUUGUGCUGCUGGGAAGUCGCUGUGGCCAGGUCGGCCUCGUGCUGAAGCGGGAUAGGGACCGGUGUUGUGCAACCGUUCAGAUGCUCUACGAUAAGGAGGUCCUGAAUUUCGACUACGACAGCAUAUCGGAGUAUGUCGGGGAUACUUCGUACCACGACUGAACAUGCUUCCACUGCCCUCUGAAAAAGACAUUUUGUACAUAGAUCCGCUCGCAUUUCUGGUGUUCGGGUAAUAAAAGAAAAGCACCUGUGUAACACGUCAAGAACGAUUAUCACCAUCUGAAACUUGGCAACAAUAUGCCUGCUGCAUCAAGUCGCCACGACUGUGAACAAGGAAGAAAAUGGAACCGAUCUCCAAUAAAUGAAAAGUCAACAUUGA